AUGACACAAGCAAACAAAAAAGACGAACGCGGCCAAACAGCUCUACAUGUCGCUGCUGAGAAUGGUAAUUUGGACGACGUUGAAAAGCUAAUUGCGAAAGCAGCCAAAGUUGAUUCGAUAGACAAAGGUCAGCGUCACACGAAUGUCGUUGAUUUUCUCAUCACGAAAGGAGCCAAUGUUAAUUCUGAAGAUCACAUUCAACAGACACCUCUUUUGGCUGCUAUGAAUGGAACCAAGGAUGUCGCUGAAAGGCUUAUCAGCAAUGGAGCCAAAGUUGAUGUUAAAGACUAUUAUAAACGGACAGCUCUUCAUUACGCCGCUAGGAAUGGUAACAAGGAAGUCGCCAAACUUCUCAUUAAAGCAUUGCCUUUGAAUGUUGAUGAAAAAGAUUGUUAUAAAAUGACUGCACUUCACUAUGCUGCUGAAAAUGGUCGUGAAGAUGUCGCUAAACUUCUUAUCGAUGAAGGAGCCGAUCUUAAUGCUAGAGAUGAUUAUAAUCGGACACCUCUUAGCUUUGCUGAUAAGUAUAGUAAUGUUAAACAUUUAUUUUCACCAAAUUUCUUGUUCCUAGUCGUGAAUGUGAGUGGAGCACCAUUCGGGGAUAGUAAUGAUGAUCACUCUGAGUCAAGCCCAACUUUUAUUCCAAUUAAAGACCGAGUCAAAGGAAUAAACGACCUCUCAAAGAAUAGCAAAUGGCCGAUUGUGCAUCCAAGCAAGCCAGAUCCACCAAAAAAAUAUGCCAAGCCUGUUAUGAUGAAUCUAGAUUCCCAAACCGUGAAAGGUAGAUCAACAGUUUCAGAGGCCGAAAACCAAGUUGGAAAAUUGGACUCUCACGCAAAGCAUAAUAGUGAAGCGACUGCAAGCCAUCCAAAUCGAUCAGGGAAACCACAUGGAAAGUCCAUUAUUAUGAAUCCGGCUUUCCAAAACGUGAAUGCAAUAUCAACAGCUCCGAAACCGGAACCGACCAAUUCUGUAAAACGGCUAAACGAUCACAAUGGUGUCACUGGAGAGCUCAUCGACAAUCAAGCCGAUGUUAAUUUCGGAAAUAAUUUGAAACCGACGCCUCAUCAGCAUUAUGCUACUAUGAAUGAUCAUAAUGGUGUUGCUGGAGAGUUCACCGACAGUGAAGGCGACGACAAUAUUGGAGAUGGUUAUGGUCAAAAGAAUGUCGCUGAAAUGCUCAUCAAGAAUGGAGCCGAUGUUAACGGCAGAAAUCAUAUGAAUCUGACACCUCUUCAUGUAGCCGCUUCGAAGGGUAAUCCUUUUUCUGGUCACAAAAAUGUUGCUAAACUUCUCAUGAGUAAAGGAGCCGACGUCAAUGUUGGAAAUCAUCUGAAAAUGACUCCCCUUCAUGUAGCCGCUGAGAAUGGUCGCAAAAAAGUCGCUGAAGAGCUCAUCAAGAACGGAGCCGACGUUAACAGUCACAAGGAUGUCGCUAAACUUCUCAUGUAUAAAGGAGCCAAUGUUAAUGCUGGAAAACAUUCGAAAGUGACACCACUUCAUUUAGCCGCUCAGAAUGGUCACAAGGAUGUUGCUAAACUUCUAAUUGAAAAAGGAGCCAAUGGUUUUACCGAUCAUUCGAAAGUGACACCGCUUCAUUUAGCUGCUGAGCAUGGUAAUAUUAAUUCGAAUAUGAAAACUUCAACAAUCCCAAUUCUCGUGUCGAAACCCGUCUAG